AUGUCAAUGACGACUCGAUUAGUGAGACCCGCGGCGUCGGCGCUGGCCCGCCGCAGCCUCGCGUCCUCUCAGGCAACGACGACUACGGCCAGGAUGACGGGUGCGAUAGCCCACCGCAGCCUGGGCGCUUCUCGGGGCGGCCGCGCGGGCCUGACGACAUCUGCGGCUCUCCGCUUCGCCACACCCACGUCGCCCGAGGUGGAUGCUGCUGCUGCUGCUGCCGCCUCGUCGUCGUCCGAGAGUAAAAGGGGUCCGUCUUCGCCGCCCCCACCGCCGCCAGACAUGGCUGCGUCGCUCGACCGCAUCCUCCCACCAGCCGUCUUUGCGUCGGCGCAGCAGGGCGGCGGCGGCGGCGACGGCGGCGAGACGAUGCUCGCGCAGGGCCUCGCCGGCGAAUUCCCGCCCGAGCCGCUCGCGAGGCAGGUCGUCGAGACGGUCCUUUCGCAGCUCCGUGCCAGCGUCGAUGCGCGCACCGAGGCCGAGACGCUCGCGCUCCAGACGGCCGCCAACGACGAGGUUCGGUCGCAGCUGCUAGGGGCAGCGGGCGGCAAUGAUGCGGCAGCGACGACGGCGGCAGCGGCGACGCUGCAUGGCCUGGCGACGCGGAUCCUCCGACUGAGCAAGGACCCGCGCCGGUUCCCCAUUGCUUUCCGCCUGUUUGCCAUUGCCUUUGGCGUCGAGCCGGCCUCGCUGCCCGACCCCACGCAGACGCCUCCAGCACCGACGGCGACGGCGACGGCGACGGCGGCAAAUGGCAGCAGCAGCGGCAGCGCUGGAGAGCCCCUUGCCGGCGCUGGUAGCUUCGGCAUUGAUGCUGCAGGCUACAGCUGGGCCUCGAUGGUGCUGGGUGGCCAGUCGCCGCCACCGCCAGGCAUCCACCUGCUCAAGCCGGGCUCGCGCGAGUACGUGGCGGCGGUGGCGCGGCAGCAGGCGAGUGCGGUGCGCAUCUACGCGACGCUAGCGAUGCGCGGCGACGCCCAGGGCAUGCUCGGCAUGGGCCGCGUCCUCGUCGCGGGCACCCGGCGCGCGGACCCCGUGCCGGGCAAGAGCGGCGCCGAGGCGCAAAAGGAGGUCGAGCUCAUGCUCCAGCGCGCCACGGCCCUCUGGACACGCGCGGGAAGCCUCGGCGUGGGCGAGGCCUACUUUGAGCUCGGCCUCCUCGCGCUCAAUGACGGUGGUGGCAGCGGUAGUGAGGGCAAGAGCAGCAGCGAGGGGAAUGGAGAAGGAGAGCAGCGCGCGCGCGAGUACUUUGCGCUGGGUGCCAGCAAGGGCGAUGCGCGCUCCGACCACGCACUUGGCAUCAUGUACACCCAGGCCGCCAUGGCGAUCAACGACGCCGCGCAGCAGGCCAAGCGCGACGAGCUGCUCGCCCUCUCGAUGGACCACUUUGUCAAGGCGGCCGACAAGGGCGGCGAUGCGCAGAGCGCCCACAACGUCGGCCUGCGCUACCUGCUCCGCGACGAGCUCGUCGCCGAGAUCCGCCAGGGCCAGGUCGGCGCCGACGGCACGCGCGAGAGCGGCGACGGGCGGUCCGACGACGAGGUGCUGCGCCAGGCCCGUGCGCGACACCAAGCUUUAUGGGGCGUCGCGCCCGACGACGCCGAGGCCAAGCGCUGGUUCCAAAAGGCCGCCGAGCUGGGCAGCGCGCCGGGCAUGAUGAACUACGCCGGCAUGCUCGUCGAGGGCCGUGGCUCGGACAUGGGCGCCUUAUCGGCGGCGGCGGCGGCGGCGUCGGCGGCCGACGCGCCCCAGUCAAAGGAAGAGGCCCUCGCUACCAUUCUCGACGCGCGCAUCAUGGAGCUCAAGGCGGCAGAGAGCCUCUAUGCCAAGGUGGCCGCCCACUCCAGUGUUCUUGAACAGCAGCAGCAGCAGGCUAGUAGCAGCGACGAAGGAGGGCUCGACGCCGCAGGAAGGGAGAUGGGCAACUUUGCCAAGGAGGCAAUGUCGACCGUCCAGCAGCUCAUCCAGAAGCUCCUUGACGAAAAGGAGGCCAUGGCUCAACAAAAGCAGGCAUGA